AUGAGUUCGCCAAAGAGACGUAUCGAGACGGAUGUAUCGCCCAGGCUCAUGAGUGAUUAUGAAGUAACUCUAGUCAAUGAUAACAAGUUCUAUGUCAGAUUCAAGGGUCCGUCAGAAACUCCAUUUGAGGGUGGUCUCUGGAAGAUACACGUCGAACUGCCAGACCAAUAUCCCUACAAGAGCCCCAGUAUCGGCUUCGUCAACAGGAUAUUCCACCCCAAUAUCGAUGAGCUCUCCGGCUCUGUCUGUCUGGACGUCAUCAAUCAAACCUGGUCGCCAAUGUACGACAUGAUUAACAUCUUUGAAGUCUUUCUUCCCCAACUCCUCCGCUAUCCUAACCCAACCGAUCCUCUGAAUGGAGAAGCUGCUGCUCUUCUUAUGAGAGAACCCAAGAGCUACGACGCCAAGGUCAAAGAGUACGUCCAAAAGUACGCCAGCAAAGAUACUGCCGAAGACUCUGACAAGGAUGAUGGCGACGAAGACGAGAUGAGCUCAGUCGGCAGCUACGAGUCUGGUGAUGAAGAUGGAGCUGCAGGCAACAUGGAUGAUAUUUAG